UCAUUAAGCACUCACCUCAUCAGAUUAGUUCUUGCACCAGAACAUUCAGGGGCAAAGAAACAGAGACUAGAAAAGCCGUCCAAGGGUCUCUAUAGACAUGGCCAAAAUGUGCGUAGCCAUAGCCGCGGUACUGGCCGCGGCAGCCCUUCUUCAAACCUCGGCGGCGCAGACCGUGCACGUCGUCGGGGAUGGCCUCGGGUGGUUGGUCCCGCCCGGCGGUAAGAUAGCCUAUGAGACCUGGGCCGACAUGCAGACCUUCGUCGUCGGCGACGUUCUCGUGUUCAACUUCACAACCGGUGAGCAAGAUGUGGCCAGGGUCACAAAGGAGGCAUUUGACUCAUGCAACUCCACAAGCCCCAUCUUCCUAGACACAACCGGCCCUUUCAACUACACUUUGGAUGCUGCCGGCGAGUACUACUUCAUCGGCACCAUGGACAGGCACUGCUACUUCGGACAAAAGCUGGCCAUCAACGUCUCCGCCUCUGCCGGCCCGACCCCUUCGCCGCAGGCUCCGACCCCAACGCCGCCCCGAGGCCCAAUGACAUACAUCGUCGGCGACGACUUGGGUUGGCUAGUUCCUCCUGGCGGCCCGAUCGCCUACGAAGCUUGGGCAUAUAAGAAGACCUUCUUGGUUGGAGAUGUGUUAGUUUUCAACUUCAAAAAUGAAACCCAAGAUGUCGCAGUGGUGACGGAAGCGGCCUAUGAUUCGUGCAACACCACCAACACCAUCGCGGUCUAUACGACAAGCCCGGUCAAAUACAACCUUAUUGCCGCCGGCGAAUACUUCUUCACAAGCACCUACUCUCGCCACUGCAUCUUCGGUCAAAAGCUAGCCAUCAACGUAACCGCCUCCAGCUCCGCCACUCCACCUUCCAGCACCACAACCCCAACGCCGUCCGGCUCCUCCGCUCCAUCUCCGACGGCCGGUGGCCCCUCGGCGCCGAUACCCGAGAGCUCCGCUCCGGCUAGGGCUGUCCUCGGCUUCUCAUCCACGUUGUUGCUCAUCGCCUUGGCUUUUGUUCAUUGAAAUUUUUUUCUAGAUUCUAGUAAAUACAAUAUUGCUUUAUACGAAAUUCAAUAGAUACACCGCACACAUCAUUUGUCUCGGUCACCUUUUCUUCACGCGUGUUUGUUUAUACUUUUCACAAAAUAAGGUAUCCGCCAGAUUUUUUAGGCUUUUUUUUGUACCUUGAUUUAUUGUCAGUCCAUCCAGGACAAUAAUGGUUGAUCGAUGUAUUUAAUUUCAUUUAAAUCAGUGGAGAUUAUACUA